AUGGCCCUCAUUAAACUGAAAAGGAGUUUAUUUCAGGCCAAAGCUCUAGUCUGCUCACUGCUGGUCCUCCUGUGUCUGCACACAGCCACAGGAAUGUCAGGGUGGGGUGGAUGUUUGGAUGGUCAGGAUGUAUUCACAACGAUCAGAGAAAACAGCCAUUCGGGAGAAGUUGUUGCUGAACUCGUGGCUGAAACCACAAUGGAGGGGGUUCACUGGAGCCUGGAUGGAAAAGAUGCCGAUUGGUUCUUCUUGGAUGAAAGAAGCAUCCGGCUGAACACAACAGCUGACAAGGUCCUCGACCGAGAGGCUCAGGGUCCUGUCCUAAUGGCUGAGUUAUCAUGUUAUGAGGACGACGCACUUCAGAGUGUGUACAGGAUCAUGGUGGAGAUUCUCAAUGAGAACGACAAUUUGCCUGUGUUUGCAGAAGACACGGUCCAGUCUCUUAACAUCAGUGAGCUAACUCCAGUGAACUCUGUGGUGUUUACUGUCCGGGCCACAGAUGCAGAUAAUGACAAGAUCAUUUACUCCAUUGACCAGGCAUCACCGGAUGCAGAGUACUUCAAGGUUGAACUCCCCAACAGUGGAGAGGUGAUCCUGUCCAAGCCUCUAGACUAUGAGACCAAAACCAUCCUUACUGUCACCAUCCAUGCAUCGGUAAGCUUUGAAAUGAGCACUGCAGAGCGCUUCAAUACCAGCACCAACAUCACCAUCAACAUCCUGGAUGGAGAUGACCAGUACCCUCAGUUCAUGCCCUGCCACCUGCUAUUCCAGGAUGAGACCAGUCGCAUCUGCACCAACCCGGUGUACACAGUCAAUGUCACAGAGGGGGAAGAGGACAUUGUGUUGGACUUCUCACCUGGUCCCAUUCAUGCAGUGGAUGGAGACAGAGGACUUAGCUCUCCACUCAGCUAUUCCAUUCUCUCAGGAGACAACGAUGGGCAUUUCCUGAUGGACAGAGAAACGGGGGAGGUGAAACUGAUUCGUGGCAUUGAAGACAAACUCACAACUCCAGAGCUGCAUCUACAGGUCAUGGCAUAUCAGGUCGACGACCCCAGGAAGUAUUCUGUUGCUGCAGUGUUGGUCCGAGUUCUGGCAGUGAACCAGUUUUAUCCAGAGUUUGACAUGGCUAAAUAUCAAGGCUUUGUAACUGCUGGAAAGAGCGAUGCCUCUCUGGUCAAUACUUAUGGCAGUAAAGCACUGAUGCUAUAUGUACAAGAUCAAGACUUUAUCCAUGGCUUAAAUCCAAUGAUCCACUUCAACUUCAGUCCUACAUCCAAUCACACAGAAUACUAUCAACUCACGCAGGAGGGUCUUCUGAUCGCCAGGACCAAUCAACUCAAACCAAACCAGAAACACGUUCUAGAGGUAACUGCUAUAGACCAGGAGACGGGAGAUGCCACCUUUGCUACUGUAGUGGUGGAGGUGUUAUCUGAAGGACAAUCAAUCCCUAAUAGUCCAUUGGGAGAUGCGAAUCCGAUAAGCUGCACUUUGGGCAAAGCGCUGCUUCUGAGCAUGGUGUUCAUGACUGUACUGGGAUGUAUCCUGUUUGUGGUGAUGUGGCUGAAGAAGAAACACAAGGGAAAGCGGAACCCACUGCAAAGAGGCUUUGUGGCUCAAGGCAAACACCCCAAUGUGAGCUUACGGUGGUUCCAACUGGCGAGUCACCGUAGCGCCAUGCCACACACGGUGGAAGUACCCUCCAACAAUGAAGAACAUGGAACCUGCAACCCUUCCUUCAGCUUCCCAGACAAUCCUGGCGCUAACACCCACCAAGACCUCCCCUCAUGCCGAGGACCUGUCCCACCCAGAACAGCUGCUGCACCCGACACCAGCUUCAUCCCCAGUGAAACUGUGCUCAGCCCUGUGAUCAUCAAUGAUAAUGUUUCGACACCAAUAAAAUGCUCCUCUUGUUCACCCACCUUACACCGAGCCACCGAGGAUGUGAUCCCCACAUGUAUGGCUCCACCCAGAGAAAAGCCUGGCUCACCAACAUAUCUUGACUCUACCGAGGCACUACCUAUCACCAGUCCUAGUCCUGAAUCCACUAGCUCUCCACCGUUCACCUGUCCGGAUUCACAAACAACAGAAACAACCACCAACGAUGACCCUGCCGACCCUGUCACCAGCCCCUCCUCCCAAUGCAGUAUUCCAUGGAGUCAUACCCGAAUUGCUUCAGCAGAAAUAGACAAACCUUUCCGCAAACCUCGUGUGAAGACACCCCCGUAUUCACCUUUACUGUCCUCACCCCUCACCAAGCAGCCGGGCACCCCCCCACUCACCCCUGAGCAUGCACCUUUAGAAGCCAAGCUUGUAGACAUAGAUUCAUCUCCCCUUGAUACACCUCCUGUACCACCAGAGCUAACAUCCAUGACUCUAAGCACAGAGGUAGACCAACCUUCCACAUCACUGGACCAGAUAGAGCAAUCAGAACAACCCGGUGGGGCUGCAGACGCCGGCAGUCCGUCUCAGGACAGGAGGCCCUCGACAAACUCUGGAAACCCGCAGGGCAGCCGUGGGGCAGGAGAUGUCGAUGACGCUGGUUUUCUGGGAGACGAAGAUGCAGACAAGAACACUGAGGAUGAUGAUGAUGAUGAUGAGUUAGCGUCAGACGAAGAAGAGCUGCUGAGAGUGAUGGCUCGUUGUAAUCCCAUUUUUAUCACAUUUAAUAAGUGAUGUCACUAAAAUACUAGAGGAACUGAGAGUGACGGCGUGGACGAAAGAGAAUGAAAGGGGUAAGGUGAAGAUGGAUGGCUAUGGAAGCCCGAAGGGGACGUUAUUAAAAUGAUAAUGUUAAAUUCCACAUUGGCAUCAAAA